GCAGGCUGGACGGGUACAAUUUAGACUAUAAAUUCGAAAAUUCAAAAAAGAAAAAAAGAAAAGGGAAGAACACAUAAGAAAUCGCGGUGGAAUAUGCUGGAGUUCCGGUACAUUUUCAGCGUGGCAGCAUAAGGUGGAUUUUCCAGCCUCAGGUCUCCCCCUGCUCGUUGCAGGCGUUCAUCGGGGGCUGGUUUGUUUGAGAGCUACCCAUCUCAGUUUUGAGCCUUUCUUUCCCUUCUCUGCACCCAAAUUGUGAGCUUUUUCUCAUAUAUUUGGAAGGGAAAGAAAGGCCAAUUUCUGAGGUUCCUAUUUUUCCUUCGUGUCAAAUUGUAUGCAUCUUGUACUCGAAAAUGAGCGCUGUUUCGGGGGUGAUUUCGCGCCAAGUUUUGCCUGCCUGUGGCAGCCUUUGCUUCUUCUGCCCGGCAUUGCGAGCCAGGUCUAGACAGCCGGUUAAGAGGUACAAGAAGCUCAUUGCUGAUAUUUUCCCUCGGAACCAGGAAGAGGGACCUAAUGAUCGGAAGAUUGGGAAGUUGUGCGAAUAUGUUGCCAAAAAUCCUUUGCGAAUCCCAAAGAUUACAACUUAUCUUGAGCAAAGGUGCUACAAAGAAUUGAGGAAUGAGAACUUUCGAUCCGCAAAAAUUGUAAUGUGCAUUUACAACAAAUUGCUGAUUUCUUGUAAGGAGCAAAUGCCUCUUUUUGCGAGUAGCUUGCUCAGCAUUAUGCAUACACUUCUGGAUCAAACACGGCAAGAUGAAAUGCAAAUUAUAGGAUGUCAGACUCUUUUCAACUUUGUAAAUAAUCAGACGGAUGGAACUUACACGUUCAACUUAGAAGGCUUUAUUCCAAAACUCUGUCAGAUAGCUCAAGAGCCGGGGGAAGAUGAAAGGGCAAGUAAUCUACGUUCAGCUGCACUCCAAGCCCUUUCUUCAAUGGUUUGGUUUAUGGGUGAGAAGUCUCAUAUAUCAGUCAAGUUCGAUAGCAUUGUUGCAGUUGUCUUGGAAAAUUAUGGAGGUUCAAAUAAAACUACAGAGAACCUUGAAGGCUCAAAGCGGUGGGUGCAGGAAGUGCAAAGUAACGAGGGUCAUGGUUCUUCUUCCCCAGAUGUCACCAUCAGGCUUACAUCUUGGAGCACCCUUGUGGAUGACAAAGGCGAACUAAAUGUGACAGUGGAAGAUGCCAAGAACCCCUGCUUUUGGUCUAGGGUUUGCCUGCACAACAUGGCCAAGCUAGCCAAGGAGGCUACAACAAUCAGACGUGUCCUGGAAUCUCUGUUCCGUUACUUCGACACAGGGAACUUAUGGUCUCCCAAAUAUGGUCUUGCUAUCCCAGUCCUAAAGGAUAUACAAGUUUUAAUGGAUGAUUGUGGGCAAAGUACACAUAUUUUGCUUUCCAUUCUAAUCAAGCAUUUGGAUCACAAAAAUGUCCUCAAACAACCCAACAUGCAGCUCGAAAUAGCGGAGGUUACCACCUCUCUUUCUCAACUUGCCAAGGUUGAGCCCUCUGUGGCAAUAAUUGGUGCAGUAAGUGAUGCCAUGAGGCAUUUGAGGAAGAGCAUUCACUGCUCGCUUGAUGAUGCUAAUUUGGGAACAGAUGUAACAAAAUGGAACAGAAGCUUUAGAGAAGUGGUGGAUAAGUGCCUUGUACAGUUAUGUUAUAAGGUUGGAGAACCAGGACCAAUCCUUGAUGCUAUGGCUGUUAUGUUGGAAAAUAUCUCGACUAUUACAGUUAUAGCCAGAAAUACAAUCUCUGCUGUUUAUCGUACAGCUCAAAUUGUAGCUUCCUUACCAAAUUUGUCCUAUCAAACAAGGCAAGCUUUCCCUGAGGCAUUGUUUCAUCAAUUACUGCCAGCUAUGGUCCAUCCAGACCAUGAAACACGUGUUGGAGCACAUCGCAUCUUCUCUGUUGUUCUUGUGCCAUCUUCAGUUUGUCCUACUCGAUCCUCACCUAAUACUGAGUCAAAAAAGGCAUUGAAUUUUCCCAGGACACUCUCAAGAACUGUAUCUGUCUUUUCUUCUUCAGCUGCCCUCUUUGAGAAGCUAAGGAGAGAGAAAAUUUCUUCACGAGAAAGUAUUUGUGAAGAGGACAAUGAAAAUACAGAUAAUGAGGGGGAACAAAGAGAUACCAAUAAUGGGAUUCUGAGCAGAUUGAGGUCUUCUUAUAGUCGGACAUAUAGCAUAAAAAGUUCUCCUGCACCUUCAUCAACAAAAGAAAAUUCUGUCAACAGUUCGACUAAGGAACCUGAAGCUAAUUCCCUCAGAUUGAGCAGCCACCAGAUAACUCUCUUGCUUUUAUCAAUUUGGGCGCAAUCCAUCUCUCCCGGGAACAUGCCGGAAAACUAUGAAGCAAUUGCUCAUACGCUUAGCCUCGUAGUGCUGUUUUCUCGGGCCAAGAAUUCCAGAAUUGAGGUUCUUGUUCGAAGUUUUCAACUGGCAUUUUCCUUGCGGAACAUAUCUCUUAAUGAAGGAGGGCUGCUGCCACCAUCCCGUCGCAGGUCCCUUUUUACCCUUGCAACUUCAAUGAUUCUCUUUCUAUCAAAAGCAUACAAUAUUGUUUCUCUUGUUUGUAGAGCCAAGGCGGUACUUGUGGAUAAAAUAGUUGAUCCGUUCCUGCAUUUGGUUGAAGAUCGCAAGUUACAGGCUGUCAAGACUGGACCGAACCAUCCCAGACAUCUUUAUGGAUCUGAAGAAGAUGAUAAUAUGGCAUUAAAAUCUCUAUCAGAGAUCAAUAUUACUGAAGAGCAAACCAAGGAAUUUUUUGCUUCUGAAGUUGUGAAGAGCUUGGAAAGAUUGUUAGAUGCUGAAAUGUCUACUAUAAGGGAGGAGCUGCUCAGUGAAUUCUUACCUGAUGAUGUGUGUCCACUGGGAGCCCAGUUGUGUAUGGAUGCCCCGCAAAAGUUGUAUCAGGUUGAUUCGAGGGACACUAAAUCUAUGAAAGAGGAUGCUCCAAUAUUUUCAUUGGACGAUGAUUAUUUUCAAGGUUCAUUUGAUAGCCAAAAGAACAACUUGGAUUUUUCUGCAGAGUCUCACAAUCUUUUGAGUGUCAGUCAACUUAUUGAAUCAGUCCUGGAGACCGCACAUCAAGUUGGAAGAGUAUCGGUCUCAAAUGCACCUGAUGUGCCAUACAAGGAGAUGGCCGGCCAGUGUGAGGCACUCCUGUUAGGAAAGCAGCAGAAGAUGUCAAAUUUGAUGAGUUCCCAACCGAAGCAGGAAUAUUUGAUGAAUCAGUCUUUACAAAAUCACAGUGAUGACGCCAAAUGGAUGACAUCCGACUCACAUAGGAGCGGAAAUCCAUUUGUUGACGACACUGCCAAUUCAUACAAACCAUCCCCUAGCACAGGCCAUGCCCCGAUGAUGUGUGUAACCGAAUACCAGCAUCAUCCGCACUCUUUCAGACUACCAGCGUCGAGUCCGUAUGAUAACUUCCUAAAAGCUGCAGGUUGCUGAUUCUAUACUAGUGAUGAAAGAAAAUUACAGGUAAUCCAGUGAAUUUAAAAAGCUCAAGGGCUACCAGCUUUACCUAUAGGCUUAUUAUAUUGAAACCCCACAUGUUGUUGAAUAUACCUCACAUACUUAAUACACCCCAUAUUUGCUUUUUUAAUUCAAACCUAUCUUAACACACCCCAUUUACUUUCUUAUAGUACCCUCACUCCCCACACUCUCACCAUAUACCUUAUAUUUUCUACAUACACCACCCUACACUCUUCAAAUUUUAGGUGUAAAUACAUAAGGUCAUCCAAAAGUACUUUCGGUGUAAAGCUGAAGCCGGUGUGUAUUUCGAAAUUUUUUCAAUUUUUCUGUUGGAGUGGUGCCAACAAUUGUUUGAUUAUUUGCAUGUGUUUAUCCCUUCAUGUUUCUCUAUCCCUUCCAUGGAAAGAGGUGGAAGGCUGUGGGUAUUCCGUACCAGUAGAUGAGGAAGAUGAUUUUCGCAACAGUGGAUGAGGAAGAUGAGGAGGAUAAAAAUCCAAAAAAAAAAAAUAUGGCAGCUAUAGAAGUGUAGAGCUUUAUAUAGAGUAGGAGCAGUGGCACUGGGUAAUGGGGAUUAAACAAAUAUUAGGGUUGAUGAUGAUGAUUCCUCUUCUUUUCCUUUGAUUGAAUCAUGGGAAAGGAUUUAGUUAUUGAAUCAUUGAAUUAGAGGAAGAGAUUAGGUUGUUACGCUGCUUUUAAAAUCAAGGGAUCUUUGUGAUCUAAUGUGGCGAAGGUUUAUUAGGUGUGUGAUUCUCAUCAUCAAUCAUAUUUGUUUUUAAUGGAUAUCAUUCAUAACACAGUUAUAUGCAUGCCGAUGUCAUUGAAAUCACUUAACAAUGAAAAUACGAAGUCUUACCUCAUGUAAAGUUUCCGAAACAUUGAUUUCAUGUUUCAUUUGUCUUUUUUCAAUUAACAUGGUUGUAGUUUCAUUGAUUCUACAAUGGAGGAUGAGAGUGGUUUUGAGAGUUGAAGAAGAUAAAUAAACUUGGGAUAUACAUGUGAAAAGUAAUUUGGAUUUUUUUUUUCUUU